UUUCAUACGUCCCAGUGCACACGAAUAUGUGUGUUGACAAUAUCAAAAUCAUCAUACAGUUCAAGAUAAACUUUCAUUGUGAGUAGUGAACGAAAAUGAGAAUUAAAUGAAUUUCGCACAUUGUGCAGUGCUGAACUGAACAAACAAACUAAUUAAAAUUUAUUGAUUAAAGAUAUCCGAGUGCAACCGAACGCAGAUUAUUGAAUUAAUAACAAAGACUAGGCGCGUAAAAAAAGUGAAAAGUUGCAAAUUGUAGCGAUACGACUCGUGCGAGAGAGAAAAAAAAAAUUUCAACGAAUAAAAAAAACUAAAAUCGACUGAUUUUCCUGGUAUUUUUGUUUCAUUUUCAUGCCGAUUUCAACGACAAAGGAUUAUUCCACAUACAGAGGACAAAUAAGGCAAAAGAUUCAUUUGAAAAAAAAGAUGUAAAGAUUUUCAUUUGGGCCUUCACCAAAAACCAAACCGUUCUAUUGACAAGUCGAUUGAAUUGCAUCGCUUCGUUCAGACACACAGAGAGAUAAAAUAGCAGCACAGCCACCACACACGAAUCGAUCGAUUGUUAUCUCAUGAACUUUAUUUUCCGUCGAUAAUAUCGAUGAAGCUGGUCGAAUUUUUUGUAUGUUUCGACCGCACCGAUUCAAUCGUGUGAUCGCAACGAAACUGAAACGAACGCGUCAGAAACAGAAAUUUAAUGACUUUUGCUAGGAACAAACGGUCGAAACUUUGAUCGAACGAAGUAGCAACAGAGGCAGCAGCAAAAUAAUAAAAGUGAAAAGAAAAAGUUCAAUAUAUUUUGUUAUUUUUAUCGGUGUGUAUUCGAAAGAUACCGACGACUUUUGAGACUGGUGCGUAACGAAAGCAAAAGAGGAGAAGAAAGAAAAACGAAAGAAAAACGAAAUAAAAUUGAAAAGAAAAAUAAUAACGCCAACAACGAAAAAAUAAUCAUAAACAAUAUAAUACACUUUCUCAAAAUUACUGCGCGAUUGUGGUGUGCUUUGUGUGCGGCUGAACCGAAUUACGCGAAUGGACAGUCAAAACGACAACAUAACACAACCAAGUAAAUAAAUUAUAAAGUAUACUUCUGUCUGUACUUCUGUAUAAAAAGUCGUGUGCAUCGAAAGAAAAGAGGAUAUAUGCACCAAUUAACGUGUGACGUGUAGACAAGAAAGUCCAUGAAAAGCUUCCAAAAUAAAAACUGCGAGUGUAUUACACAAAAGCACGGGAAAAAACGUAGUUUUCAUUGAAUGUUCAUUUUGUUGCUUGAAUGCGGGUUAAGAGCAAUCGAAUCCAUUGUGCAACAAUAUUGUCUUCUGGUAUUUUUGAUAGACACAACAUAUAACCAUAUUUAGUAGUGUGGUGUGUGGCGUCGGUUGCCAUUAUUAUUUAUUAUUUUCGAGCGGCAGAGCGAAAAAAAAGGCAAAUAUUGAGAACAAAAUGUCACGUGAUGUAUAUUAUAUGGUGUCGUCGGAGAGUGACGGACGAAAUGAUCAGCAGGCAGCUAGCAGAGAACCAAUCAAUAAUCGACAAAGAGACGAAGCGAAUGCCGGCACCGCCAAUGCUGAUCACAAUGAAAAUAUUGAGACGAGCACCGAAGAACGUGUUCGGCCCUUUAUCAAAGAGCGUGUCUACUAUGCAGCCAAAGAUGGUUUACCGAUUGCACUGACCUCAUUGCUGUCAAGCGUUGAAAGUGAAACCACAAAAAAUGCCUACAUUAAUCAGAUUGUAGAAGAGGAUGGCCAAUCGUUCACACCAUUGGUGAUAGCAGCACGAAACGGUCGUUAUAAAGUAGUCAAGACCAUUUUAAAUAAUUUUAAGCCAAACAUUGAACAAGAGUGUGUCGUCAAAUUUGAUGGUCACAUUGUACACGGUGCAACGGCUUUAUGGUGUGCAGCGGGCUCUGGACAUCUAAACGUCAUCAAAUUGCUUAUUCAAUACGGUGCUAAUGUUAAUCACAAAACAAAAACACAUUCAACUCCAUUGCGGGCCGCUUGUUUCGAUGGACACUUAGAUAUAGUAAAAUAUUUGGUGGCCCACAGUGCCGAAAUCAAUUUAGCCAACGUGUACAAUAAUACGUGUCUGAUGAUAUCAGCAUACAAAGGUCAUACAGACGUUGUUGAGUUUUUAUUAAGCAACGGUGCUGAUCCCGAUCAACAAGCCCUUUGUGGUGCAACCGCUUUACAUUAUGCAGCUGAAUGUGGUCAUGUGGAUAUCUGUGCCGCACUGCUCGACUAUGGGGCAACACUAAAGCGAAAUGAAUUCGAUAUGACAGCUGUAACAACGGCCGCCGAACGCACCAGAGAAUUAGUUGUAGAAUUGUUUUAUGGACGACCCAAUCUAUUGACAAAGGAAGAGAAAAUAGACGCGUUAGAGUUAAUGGGCGCAUCAUUCGCCAACGACAAAGAUAAUUAUAGCCUCAACAAAGCCUAUCAUUAUUUACUGUUAGCUAUGGAACUGAGAUAUGAAGAUCCACAAAAUGUGAUUCGGAAAAAAAAUAUCACACCAGUACCUGCAUAUGAAAAUUGGAUUGAAAGCCAGACCGUUCAGGAUUUGCAAGCGAUCCGAUUUAAUCAUAACUCAAUUCACAUGGAGAGUUUGACAAUACGCGAACGAAUUUUGACAACGAAAUGCCCGGACGUGGCCCAUCCAAUCGUUUUUCGAGGCGCUGUCUGCGCUGACAAUGGGAGGUUUGACCGAUGCGAGAGUUUAUGGCUACACGCGCUUGAGCUACGGCAAAAUAACAACUUAUCGGUGCAACGAGAUCUAUUGCGAUUUGCUCAAGUGUUCUCUCAGAUGGUGCACGUUUCGGUUCCGUUGCGCAUACAUAAUGUGCUGGCUGUGUUGGCUGCAUGCAUACGUGAGUUAAAAGUGAACAAAGAGAAAUUCCUGAAUCCAGGGCCAAAAGACGAUGUCGAAAUCGUGAUGGAAGAAUUUGAAAUGAAUAUUAUAACGGCACUGUAUCUCUGCACCAUACUAACGAAAUUGAUGAAAAUGGAUUCAAAAAUCACAUGUGAAGAUCGUAAAAAAUCCGGCCGACUGGUCUAUACACUGAACAAAAUGAAUUUGAAAUUGCGAGACGGUCAAACGCUCCUUCAUUUAGCUGUGAAUGGUGUGAUGUCGGUGGACGAUUUUCAUACGAGUGAUGUGUGCCGCUUCCCGUGCAUCGAUACCGUUCGAUUGUUAUUAGAUUGUGGUGCUUCGACAACGGUGCUAGAUUGCGGUCGUAAUUCACCAUUACACACCCUCACCGCCACGUUGAGUUUUCGUAUGCCUGAUCCGCAAGUCGAUAUCGAUACCAUCAGAGAAAUUACGGACAUGUUCAUUGAGGCUGGCAUUCAUAUGGAUGCGGUUAACGUUGAAGGACUAACUGCUGCCCAAAUUUGCACAUCACGUAUGUAUUCGCAUUUUCCACCGUUGCAAAUCGUGGUCUUAAACAAAUCAUUUGACACGUAUAUCAUUAUAUCUUAUUGUCUCGCUAUUCUUAUGUUUUUUUUCUCUCUUUGUUUCGCUAACGAAUGUUAUAGCAUUUAUCCAAGUGUUGCUACGACGAUAUGAAUUUAACGAAGUGAGUCUACGAUGCCUUGCUUCCAGAUGCAUUGCACAACACAAAAUACCAUACAAAGACAUCGUACCCAAGCAACUCGAAAUGUUCAUUGAAAUGCAUAGCUCCGAAAAGCUGUAAAUCAACAAUCGUAGAAAAUAUGUCUGCCUUUUUUUUGUUCAAUCGUCGCAUACAAACACACACACAUAUUUUAUGCAUCGAAAUGGUUUCUCAUCAACAUCAUAGCAUCAAACGAUGUGUUCACCAUCAUGCUGAUAAACAAAGUGAUACGAUUUAAAUAAUGUAACGCAAAUACGCAUCUUUAGAUGAAAAUGGGUUUCUUCAGUUUAACUUACCGUGCUUCCAAGCCUUUCUAUGUAAAUUGGCAAAAUAAUGACUAAAUUUGUGAAAAUUGAAAAUUUUUUUUCUUCGUUUUUUUGUUUUUUAAACGUCAAACACAUGCAUGUAAAUGCCGUGCUUUUAGUAUGUGUUCGGGAAAAAUCUAAAUUAGUCUGUGAAUUUUACAAUAGGACAAUUUGUGCACCGGAUGGAAGGCUGCAUCGCUCUAUUUUUAACGUGCAUUAAGUAAUCAGCAAAUUUACUGAAAAGACUGCGAAUUUAAUUUCAAUAGCACAAUUGUUAAACCUAAUCAAAUUCGAUUUUUUUCUUGUUUCGAUCUAUGUUAACAUUUAAAUUGCAUGUGAAAUAAUUAAGCUUGACCACACGGACGAGGGCUCGAAUGGAAAGACACCAAAUUUGAAGGGAAAAUGAUGUAAUAAUUCUAUCAAUGUGCAUUGCAACAAAACAAACACGUGUAAUUUAUUCAUUAGUUUUUCAAUUGUGAUAAUGACAAUAUUAAACAUUUAACAAGCGACUCGAUCGAAUAGAGAACGAAGAGCAAAUCAAAUAAAGAAAAUGAGUAGAAUCAAGAGAUUUUUACGAAAUAAUCGGACAGUAGUAAGAGAAUCGACCGAAAAUUGUUGUUGAAUAUGAAUCGAAUAAAUUGGAAUUUAAACUCAAUAUUAAUUUUUCGAACGCUGUCUCUCCUAUGCGAUGGUAGCGGCAUUCAAAAAUGUUUUUAAGAUUAAUGUCAGCUAAGACCAAAUUCAGAAUUUAUUGUUGAAAAAAUUGUCUGAAACGCUUUUUUGGAAUUGCUCAAAUAAAGAAAAGAAAAAUUUAAUGAUUUUUGACAAAAGGCUCCAUUUUGUGAGGCAAUGGUCACUUGUACCCCCCCAGAAAAAAUUGUAAGUUAUUUCGAAGCAAACUAGUAAAUCAAUUUAUUUUAAAAAAAUAUAUAAAAAAAAACUUCUAUUUAAAUUUGUUAAAACCAAACAAAUGAACAAUUCAUAUGUAUAGUUUUGUACGAUAUUUAUUUUUUGACGAAUAAAACUCUUCCAUCCAAGGGCAAAA